AAAAUAUCGUUAAAAAAUAAGGGUAAUUGAAAAUACAAAAGGAAAGGGAAAAAAUGGCAGAACUGAGAGGAGAAAAACAAAUCAACUAAACUUGGUAACAUGAGGUAGUCGGAACGAUUUCGGUCGAUUGGAUGCGUAUAUACAAGUGAUUUUCGGCGAUCAAAGGGGGCGGAGGGGAGUUCAAGAUGGAACUUUUGAUCAUUCUGGUAUGCCUGAUCACGCCUCCGACUCUUUCUCUGUCGAUAAAGACGAAACUUAACCCGCGAAUCGUCCAGACUCAAUACGGUCGCAUUCAGGGGUUUGUCCAGUCCUUCGAACCCCCUAAACUGAAAUCGAUCGACGUUUACCUCGGCAUACCUUACGCCACUCCGCCAGUCGGAGGAAACAGGUUUUCACCCACGAGGGCGCCCAGCCCUUGGGACGGAAUCAGAUUAUCAGACUCGGUGGGUCCCGUCUGUCCUCAAAAAAUUCCUGACAUAACGAACGAGCAAGAAGCGCUGGAAAAAAUGCCUAAAGGCCGAUUGGAAUACCUGAGAAGAUUACUGCCGUAUCUUCGUAACCAGAGUGAAGAUUGCCUUUACCUUAAUAUUUACGCACCGGCGAUGGGACUGACUGACAACGGGAGGCGGCAUCCGGUCUUCCUUUUCGUCCACGGGGAGGGCUACGAUUUUGGUAGCGGCAAUCCGUACGACGGUAGCGUCUUGGCGAGCUACGCUGACCAGGUUGUGGUCACUAUCAAUUACCGUCUCGGCGUUCUGGGCUUUCUGAACGCCAACGUCGUCCCCCAUCUCAAGGCUAGGGUGGCGAAUUACGGUCUGAUGGACCAGAUAGCCGCCCUUCAUUGGGUCCAGCAACACAUCGAACUCUUCGGCGGUGAUCCUGGCAACGUCACUUUGGUUGGACACGGAACGGGCGCGGCUUGCGUCAACUUUCUCGCCAUCAGCCCCAUGGUUAUGUCAGGACUCUUUAAGCGAGCCAUACUACUCUCGGGAAGCGCAUUGUCGUCUUGGGCCGUCGUCGAGGAUCCGGCUUCAUACGCCUUGAGGUUGGCGCGAGCUUGCAACUGCUCGGUGCCGGAGAAUCUGGCCAAGGACAACGAGCUCAUCGUCGACUGUUUGCGGGACGCCAGUCUCGACGAACUCCUGCAGGUUGACAUACAGGCGCCAACCUUUCUCAGCGCCUUUGGACCCAGCGUAGAUGGGGUCGUUAUAAAGCCCGACUUCCAAAAGGACCUGUUAUCCUACCUGGGCCCCGAGUUCCAAGGAUUCGGGCAAAAGCCAAAGCGGACUGAACACGGUGCUCCGAUAACUAGCAACAGCAAGUACGAUCUCCUGUUCGGUGUGACAACAAGCGAGGCGCUUUGGAGUUUCGCUGAAAAGGACGUCCAACAGGGUUUCGAGGGUGAGAAGAGGGAUCGCAUCAUUAGAACGUACGUCAGAAACGCGUACACUUAUCACCUGACCGAGAUAUUUUACACGGUCGUUAACGAGUACACGGACUGGGAGAGGACGGUUCAGCAUCCCGUGAACACGAGAGACGCCUGCGUCCAGGCGCUGAGCGACGCCCAAUUUGUGGCACCGCUUGUUCAGACCGGAGACCUAUUCACCCUGCGGCACUUGAAGAAGCCGAACAAUCCUCACCUGGCGCCGGUUCCCGAGGACGAAAAGGAACCGAUGCCGAAGACCUACUUCUACGUAUUCGACUAUCAACCGAAGGACGGAGACUAUCCACAGAGAAUGGGUUCCGUCCACGGCGACGAACUUCCUUACGUAUUCGGCGCUCCCCUCGUCGAUGGGUUUGGACAUUUUCCCAGGAACUACACGAAGGCCGAAGUCACUUUGUCGGAGAGCAUAAUCCUGUAUUUCUCCAACUUCGUAAAGGCGGGAAACCCAAACGCGAACGAGCAUCAUGGCCGUGGUGAAAAGUCAAUGAAGGAGAAGAGCAAAUAUCGAGGGCUUGUUUGGGAGCAGUACGAUCCUGUGCAUCAAAAGUAUCUAGAAAUUGGGAUGAAGCCGAAGAUGAAGAACCACUAUAGAGCCCACCAACUCUCCGUCUGGCUUCGACUCGUUCCGGAACUACAUCGCGCUGGGAUGGAAGACGUCGAACCCAAGCACAACCUCUUUCGGGGCUACGCCGAUCCCGCCCUUUACGACGGUUCGGUAAGGCCUGACCCCCUCAGCAGGGUCGGCGAAGAGUUCAGACGCAUCAAUCUUACCACCGAGCCUCCAACCACCACCGACUUCACCAUCACUACAUGCGUCAGUCUCAUUCAAGGCACCAACUUGCAGAACGCCAAUAACGCGAGCACAGAUACAUUGGCCAGUUUAGACGCCGCUGGGUACGCGGCUUACUCGACAGCCUUGAGCGUAACGAUCGCCAUCGGCUGUAGCCUCCUCAUACUCAACGUGCUCAUCUUCGCUGGCGUUUACUAUCAGAGAGACAAGACGCGGCUCGAAGUCAAGAGUCUUCAGCAGCAACAAAUGAUCAAUCAGCAGUGCGGACCCAGGGGAUUUAACGAGUUAAAACAACCCCCGCCACCCCAUUCACACUUUCCGGGAUCCGGACAAGUCAUCGUUGACGUCGAGAAUGAGAUGCUGCGGAGAAACGCGAUGAAGGCGCCACCGAGCAGUCCAAACUCGCAACUUCUUCAGCAGGGACAGGUAACCCACACGUUGCCGCACCAGCAUCAUUAUCAGAAGCAGCAUCAGCACCAGCAGCAUCAUCAGCAGCAGCACGCCACGUUGCCUCGAGCAGCAGUCAUGCAGGAUAUGAACAUAACUACACAAAUGCAGGGGCCUCCGAACGGAUCUAUCCACUUAACGAUUCCCCGGGCGCCUCCACCGCCCCGAGCAAGAAGUCCUCCGGAAAGUCAGCCGCUGCUUCAAGGUCCGACGGUUUCUAGCCGCGUUCCACAAACGGCGAUGAGCGAGAUGAGAGUCUGAUGUAUGGAGCCUCCUCCGAAGCCGGUAGUGCCGGACGUCCUGACCGCGUCAACCCUUCUUUAGGAAUGUGGGAAAUUUUAACGAGCUUAAGGAAUGGCAAAGGUUGAAACGGAACUGCAAAUUACGGGUUGAUCUAAGCGCGAAGGGUUAGGCGCGGUUUUGACGUCGAGGAUUUUGCAGGGUGCUGCUCUCCGGACGGAGGAGGAAAUUUGGCAUUGAGUAUCAGGGGGAGGAGAAACCCGUUAUGGACUCGUCAAAAUGA